UCUGGGACCAGACUCUUCCUAAGAUUUCCUCUCCCACACUCGCGGCGGAGCACUGGAUCUCAGAAAGUCACUGAGGCUCCUGGGGGGAGAGGGGCGGAAACGUGGACGGGGUUCGAGCUCCAGGGUCACUGGGGGACCGGGAAAAUCGGCCUUUGCAGCAGGCCUGUCGCCAGAGGUACCUGAUGGGAUGGCCAAUAAGAAUAGGCAAGAGCACGACUGAGGACCAAUGGGAGGAUAAGGAGAGAGGGCCGAGCAGCCAAUGGAGAAUGAAGUGUGCUGAGCUUCUCAGAGCUGGACCUCCCACGUGCUCGGGAGGAGGGACCCUCAGGAGCCUGAGCAACCAGAGUAACUUUGGCUACCGCCCUAACCCCAUCUAUGACCUGAGCCCUGGCCGUGACCGCCCGCGGGGCGUGCUGGCCACCAUGGCUUCUCGAUUCUACGACGUGGAACAGUUACGCGAUUGGAUUGCCCGUUUCCGGAGCUGGAACCUGUAUAAGAUGAACAAGGUGUUCAGCUACACCUUGAAAUACCACAGCGCGGACGUGGCGGGGGCUAACUUUAUCCUGAACCAAGGAGGAGCGGUCAGGUUCCAGGACCAGGAGUGGAUCCUGCCCCAAAACAAGAAAAGAUUCUUUCAGAACUGCUCUCUCUUGGAGGAGCUGCCCCUGGAGGAGGUGGACGCCAGCGGCUGCAUCAUCAACUACUAUGGGCUGAAGAACCUGGUGCGGCUGAGCGGGCUGCGGUCUCUGAGGCUGUGUGGCUGCCCCCACGUGGAUGACUGGUGCCUGAGCUGCCUGCACCCCCUGGGCAGCUGCCUGCAGGAGCUCUCGCUGGCUGGCUGCCCCAGGGUCACCGAGCGGGGCCUGGCCUGCCUCCACCACCUCCGGAGCCUGCGGCGCCUGGACAUCUCCAACCUCCCGGCCGUGUCCAACAAGGGCCUGACCCAGAUCCUGGUGGAGGAGAUGCUGCCCGAUUGUGAGGUGGUCGGGGCGGACUAUGCCGACGGGCUGGAGCUGCUUUCUGAGGACGAGGGGGCGGCGGAAGAGGAGGCGGCAGCGGGCACGGCAGCGGGUAAGGCAGUGGGCACGGCAGCGGGCGUGGAGCGGGCGUGACAGUGGGCACGGCAGUGGACAUGGCAGCAGAUGCAGCAGCAGGCACGGCAGCGGGUGUGGAACGGGCGUGACAGCGGGCACGGCAGUGGACAUGGCAGCAGGUGCAGCAGCAGGCAUGGAGCGGGCGUGACAGCGGGCACAGCAGUGGAAGCGGCAGCAGGUGCAGCAGUGGGUGUGACAGUGGACAUGGCAGCGGGCAUCCCAGGAGCCCCCACUGCUCCGGUGCUGCCUUAGAUGCUCUGCGAGCCCCAGGAUCCCUCUCUCCCUUGUACCACUGGGGCACACGUGGUGCAGGAGCCCGCCGGGACAGAGGGGCACCAUCAGGGAUGUCUCCCAGAAGCCCCUUUCCUCGCCUCCCUCCGCCCCCCGCACAUUGGUGCCCCAGAAGUCAGCUUUGGCUGUUGUGUUCUGUUGCACCCCGAAUAAGGGAGGGCGCCCCCCGCCCAGGUCAUGCAGUUGUGCCCAGAAUUCCCCUCCCUGGGGCUGGCAGCCGGCGUGAGGGAUGGAAGGAACACGGGAUGAGUGUGGCCCGCAGUCCCCCCGCCCCCCCCCAGCCUCUGCCGGGAUGUGGUGUCUGAGCCGAGUCCAUUAAUUCCCGUCCCCUCCCCAAGGGCUUCAUUAGUCUGAGGCCGGGAGGGGGUUGGGCCCCGCUUCCUUCACAAGGGAUAAUAAACAUUGCUGGAAACCA